CGCGCACACAUGUACAUAUGUAUUUACAAGGUCAGAAAGUAAUUGUUAUUAUUGAUAUUGGUUUGUCUUCAUCCACCUUAAUGUAUACUCACAUAAAUCGUGAUUAAUGUGCAAGCUGUUGUCCCGUUUUUAAAAAUUGACAGAAAAUCGUUUACAAUAAAAAAGAGCUGAAGGCGUCAACAGCUCCUUAUAUUGUCCCUAAGACGUCUGCUCAGUCGGUAAGUUAAUUUCUUCAAGAUGCCUUCAGUUUUAGAGGAGAAAAUGACAAAGGGAACUAAUAAGAAGAACGUUUUUGGAUUCUACUUCCUUUCUACCUGUGCAGUGACGGGUCUCUUUACUUCCUGUUACCUAUAUUUUACUUACAUUGUAGCAGAGGCCUUCUACUCUAGAAAAUACAUGUGGAACUUCUCGGUGACAAUGGCUUUAUAUGUGUUCAUAUUCAUUGGAAAGUUAUUCCGCUAUCGUUUGACAGACACCAGCAGAAGGUCCACAUUUAUCACCCUCAUACAGUUCGACUCUAUGUGUCUCGCUUUAGCUGGACUUGGCAUGGCUAUAACAAACUAUCAUUACGACCGAUCGGGAUUGUACGGCAAUAAAUACUUACAGACUGUAGCAAAACUUCUCGUAGCGAAGUUAGUGACUGCGUUCUAUUUCACUUCUUCAUUGAAUCUAAUGUAUGAAAACGCUGUUUGGCUUGAAAUUGUGUCCAUUGUAUUUUUAUACACUAUAGCUAAUGUUCCACUUCUCCACAAAAUUUGUCAGGACUUUUCAUUAGGUGACAACACAACCAAUGUUAUUUUAUUGUCAUUAUGCAUUUUGACUAUAACUGCUUAUAGUUCAAACCUCUUGAGAAAUCGUUUGCAUCAAACAUUUGGCAUUCGGCAAGGUUGCCCGCUGUGUGAUAUUCUGUUAUUUGCUACGCUGACAGUUUAUGUAUACAUUAACGUUACUUGCUUUCAUCAACAUCAGAGCGAAUUGUUGGAAUUUCCACCGGACAAUCUCUAUGUUUCUGUGUGGGAUACGGUUGGAUUAUCCACAUUCGUCAUCAUCAUAAUGCUGUGUUGGACUGUAUUCUUUCAGUUUGUAUUCACUCGUACUGCAAUCAAUAGGAGUCCGAAUGUUCAUUCAAAACUUGGAAACAUUGCUCACCAUUUUAAAAGAUUUUUAUGCAGUGAUGUUCAAUGUAUAUUUUUUGCUUCAAAUCAAAUAAUAAAAGUAUGA